GUUUCGUUUUGUUUUCGGUCUAAAAGAUAUAGAACCAUGAAGAGGGUCAAGAGGAAGGAGACGAUACAAUGUCUUACGUUGAAAGAAGAUGAAAACGAUCCGUUUUCGAUUAUUCCUCUGGAUCUAAUCGUAGAGAUUCUCUUGAAAGUUCCGACCAAAUCUGUAGCUAGUCUUGUCUUCGUUUCAAAACAAUGGUUAUCCGUAAUCAGUGGCAAACGUUUUAUCACUCAGUACCUGCAGGCUCGAUCUUCACCUCGGCUUCUUUUCACAGUCUUCUGCGCCUACAUGCCAGUGCAGUUCUUACAUUCAUUUUCCCAGGUUGAUCCAUCUUAUGACCGUCAUAGGGUAAGCAUAACUCCAGAUAAGAAGAAGAAGAACCAUGUCCAUGCUUUUUCUCCACCAAUCCGCGGCUUGAUCUGCCGUCAAAUGGGUUCUAGAGUGAUGAUAGGUAACCCUACCACGGGCCAAUUCUUAACGUUGCCUAGACUCAAAACUACAAGAAGAGGUGUGUUAUCCUUUUUUGGGUAUGAUCCAGUGAAUGAUGCAUACAAAGUGUUGUGCCUGACAGUACUACGUGGUCGUCAAAAACGUGAAUCACAAGUUGUGGCUGAAGAUCAUCAAGUGUACACUCUAGGAGGAGACCAAAAAAAAUGGAGAAUGGUUGAGUGUAAGCAUCCUCAUCUUCCUUUAACUCCUUCUUUACUUACUAAUAAAGGGAUAUGUUUAAAUGGGGUACUGUAUUAUUAUGCUUGGAUAAAAAAUGAUGCAUCCUUGAUAAGCUUCGAUCUGAUAUCUGAAGAGUUUAAUGUCGUUAAGUUGCCUGAGGAUAAUCCUUGCAUAGUGAACUACAAUGGAAAGGUAGCUAUAACUAGUUGGCCUACCGCUGACGGUGAAGUUCACUUGUGGGUUCUAGAAGAUGCCACUAAGCAACAAUGGUCUAAAGUUUCAAUCGUUGUUCCUUCUUGGCAAGAAUUAGUUGGAAAAAACCGUAGUUUCAGGUUCAGGGGUACAGUUAGUACUGUCUUCUCUCCCUUGCUUACAAACAAACUCGCGGUUCAUAGAGCUGAUUUACUCGGAAACUUCUUGUUGUGAAGAUGAUGAGGCAGCAUCAUAUAUUAUCUACAAUAGAGAAGAAACUCUAUCCUCAUCUCCAACAACCAACACACUCUUCUUGCUCUUGUCUGUUUCAGUCUCUUCAGUCUUAACUUUUGGCCUCAAGGAAAACAAAGUCCAAAAAGUUGCGGUUAGAGAAUUUGGAAGUCCCUCUGAUUACAUGGAAGUCUAUUUUGAUCAUGUUGAGAGUCCUAUGUUCUGUCAAAUCUAAGUUAAUUCUUUUUCUUUUUUUGUUGCUUUUCAUUGAAGAUCUCAGACAGAUUGUAGUUUUGUGUAUAGUAAACCUGGCUGUUCUACAUUUGAUUUUCUUAUUUUAAGAUGAACAUUA